UUUUAACAAACUAUAUUAAAUUGUCAUGUCACUUUGACACACAAUUUUAUGCAUGUCAUUCAUUUGUACGCUGUUGUUACAAAUUGUUGGAUAUUUUAGAAGUAUUACUGCAAGAAAUUAAGAUGUUGAGUGUUAAUGAAAACUUUCCCGAAUAUGCAGUGCCUGGAGCUAAACAAGUUCGCUUUGAACCCUACGCUGAUAAUGGCGGCAGCAUUGUUGCCAUCGCCGGUGAUGACUUUGCUGUUAUUGGUGCUGAUACACGUCUGAGUACGGGUUUCUCCAUCUAUACAAGGGAACAGAAGAAACUAUUUAAGCUUUCCGACAAAACUGUCUUGGGUGCAACAGGCUGCUGGUGCGACACUCUCACUCUGACCCGGCUGCUUUCAGCAAGGAUGCAAAUGUACGAGCACGAACAUAACAAGUCAAUGUCUACACCAGCCGUCGCUCAAAUGCUCUCCACGAUGCUGUAUUACAAGCGUUUCUUUCCAUAUUAUGUAUCGAAUGUCCUGGCUGGUUUGGACGCGGACGGCAAGGGGUGUGUCUACAGCUACGAUCCUAUUGGUCAUUGUGAGCGCUCCAACUACCGCGCUGGUGGAUCUGCAGGUGCUCAGCUACAGCCAUUGCUGGACAAUCAAAUAGGUCUCAAGAACAUGCAGAAUGUAACUGAAGCUCCCAUACCUAAAGAAAAGGCUUUGGCCUUGUUGAAGGAUGUUUUUAUUAGUGCUGCUGAGCGUGAUAUUUAUACUGGAGACUGCAUCUACAUUCUAAUUAUCACUGCAAGUGGCAUCCAAGAAGAAAAGUUUGAGUUGCGUAAAGAUUAAUUUGGAAAUAAAGAUAAUUUCUCAUAA